AUGUCAACCCCCUCCGACUUCAAGCUUACUCCAGAGCAGAUUGCCAGUUUUAUGCGCCAUGGAUGGGUGCGCGUGCCCCGGUGCUUCUCCAGGGAAAAGGCCGCCGAGUGGACCGCAGAUGUAUGGACGCGUCUCGGAUACUCACCCACAGACAAGUCAACCUGGAAGACUGAGAUCACAUGGAUGCCCGAGCAUAAGUCGGAACCGGUCAAAACGUUUGCCCCUAGAGCCUGGGCCGCCAUAUGCGAGCUUCUUGGGGGUGAGAGUCGCGUCGCAGAACACUCUGCUACCUGGAACGAUGCCUUCAUCGUCAAUCUCGGAACUGAGGAGACGGUUGGUAAAUGCCUCAAGCCCACCGAUCUCGAUGGCUGGCAUGUGGAUGGAGAUUUCUUUACCCACUUCUUGGACUCGCCCGAGCAAGGUCUACUAGUCAUUCCCCUCUUCACCGAUAUCCAGGAGCGCGCCGGUGGUACCAUGGUUUGUUCGGACGCCAUCAAGGUGAUCGCGCAGUACCUGUAUGAUCAUCCCGAAGGCGUGUCUCCGUACAUGGUUCCUCGAGGGUCCAAACAGUCCAAGAAGAAUUUCGAAGAUUUCUACAACGACAUAAUCAAGAAAUGUCACGAAUUUCACGAAAUGACCGGUGAAGUGGGCGACGUGAUUCUUCUCCAUCCCCUGAUGGUUCACUCGGUGUCUGUCAACAGUUUGAGACACGCGCGCAUCAUCACCAAUCCACCCGUCUCCCUGAAGGAACCUUUCAAAUUUGAUCGCUCCGAUCCAACUAAAUACAGCAUCGUCGAAAGAAAAACAAUCGAGGCAAUAGGAAAGGACCGGCUCCAUGGUUGGAAGAUCAAGGGCAACCGAGGAUCUGUCACACCCGGUCGACUCAAAGUGCAGGCGGAACUGAAAGAACAGGAACUACAGAGACUCAAAUCGCCCCCUACACCACCGAACGUUGGUCGAGAAUCCCGGAAGCGCGAUCAAUGUCGUGUUAGUUGA